AUGGCUAAUUUCAUACAAUUGUGGAUUGGUGUCACUUUGGUACUAACAUUUUUGUGUUUGGUUAAUAUAAAUAGUUUACCUAUAGAUGGAACACCAACUGCGGUAGUUCAAAACAAUGCAAAUACCGAUGUAGAAAAAGGUUAUGUAUGUAACAUCGAUACUCAUUGCAAUGGUCAUGGAAAAUGUCGUCUAAAUGAAACAGGCUGUGAUUGUGGUCGAGGUUGGACUACAUCGAACAAUCGUAAUGAUACGAAUGAAUAUUGUAAUUAUCAACAACGUUCAAAAAAGCGGGCUUUUUUUCUAUCGUUAUUUCUUGGUAGUUUUGGUAUUGAUUGGUUUUAUCUUUCACGUGCAAAUGAAGUAUAUAUUAUUGCUGGUCUGUUGAAAUUAUUAAUCGGAUGUGGAUGCUGUAGUGCAUGGUAUUUAACAUAUUUUCGACCGGAAAUCCAAAAGUCAGAAUCAGUCAAACAUAAAAUUCAUGGUGUUAGCAUAUUUUUUAGUUUAGUUACAUUUGUAUGGUGGAUUGUCGAUUGGACACGUAUUUUACGCAACAGAUUUCCUGAUGGACGAGGAGUAGGACUUACUCCUUGGUAA